AUACAAGCCGCGUCACGUCGCGCGCGUCGCCGUGCGGUGACGCGGCGGUGACGUCGCGGAGGGGAAGUUGUUGUUUUUUUGGCUCGUCUGUUGUAGCAGUGGAUCAGCAGCCGGUGAAACCAGAGUGUCUGGUGCCGGAAUAAAGACAAUAAUGUGCCAAUGAGUCUCUCGUGCAGUUGAGGCUGUGGUUGAUGAAGGAAUGGAGGUGCUUGACAGUCCUCUCAAUUUCGCCCAUCAACAGUGCAGGAAAGCAGACCGCUUGCUGGCUGCUGGGAAAUUUGAAGAUGCCAUCUCCUGCCAUAGAAAAGCUGCAGAACUUCUCAAGGACGCCAUGAAGCUCACAGACUGUGAACAGGCUCGCUUGUCUCUGGAGCUUCAGAGGGACAGUCACAUCAAGCAGCAGAGGCUGAUCGAGGAGCAACGGAAGCGAGCAAAGCGAGAGGACAAGCCCAGAACGCUCCAGCACGUCGCCGCCUCAGACCAGACGCCACGCCGCCACCUCCAGUCGGCCGGAGCCGCCACAGACGUCUCCCAACCCUCCGAACGAGAGUACGACACUUGGCUGUACCUCCUGAAGAACAAAGGCACCGUCCCAGAGCCCUGCUCUGGCAGCAAAGCCCAGAAAGAUGACAAAACCCGUCUAGAAGAGCAGCAGACCACCAUCGACGACCUGCGCAAGCUGGUGGACCGACUGGUGUCCGAAAACGAGCAGCUGAAACGAGAGAACGAGCAGCUGCGGGCGGAGAACGCUCGGCUGAAGAAGGAACCCUACGCCGAUGCCGACUUCGUGGAGCGGUCGGAGCUGUGGGUGCUUCCGCAGACGGCCGAGGAGCGCAAGGCCAAGGACAUUCCCAUCCCACAGCUCCCUCCGCUGGAGAUGCCCACUCAGGAGAUCCCUCUGGAAGACCUGCCCGGCCUGGAGCUUCCUGAGGACAUCCAGCAGGAGCUGCAGGAGCUGCUGGACGGGGAGAAGCUGUGACCACUCCAAACACGCACCAAAGGGAGGCUCGGAUCGCCGCCGCGUGUCAGCGAAGCACGCAGAGGAAGCACAUUCACAGCGGCGUAAGCGACGGUUCGCGCGGCCGUCCGGUUCACGACUUCUCAGUAGCGACUGGAUGUACAAAGAAAGAAACGACUCUUUUCAAAGUACGCGUGCCUUUUUUUGAACAUUUCUAAUGCGUUUUUUGUUUUUUUGUUUUCGUCGUGAAGUACGAGCGAAAAGGGAUAUCGCAGAUUCUGAAACGCCGUGUUAUCAGACCUUUUAUCAGCAGGUGAAUUUGCCUCUUGCAAGAUCCCACUUUGAAUCGAAAACUAUUUCCUACACAGACACUGUGAACUACGUGUGCGCUCGCGUGCGUGCGUGCGUGCGUGUGUGUGUGUGUGUGAGGUUUUUGUGCAGUAUCUGUUGCUCAGCGCCAUCGUUGUUGAUUAUUUGUGGUUAUGCAGGUUCAGCGCAGAUUUAGGGCAUAGAGGAAGCCGAGGGGCCUCGAUGCAAUUAGUUAUGCAUUCUGUUUCCAUACACUGAUAACCAGCUUGCAGCACUUGUUUUGCCUUAUUGCAAUUAGUACGAAGCCCAGCCAUGAUGUCAUCUCUGGACAAUUUGUAGCAACCUAUUAAACAAAAACGGCGGCGGAUCAUUUCUACAGGAGCCUGGACACGAGCGUGGGAAUAUCGCAUUCGGAGCUAUAAGCAAUAAUCUGGUCCAAGUGCUACAGAACCACUCAUUCAUUUCGGUGUUUCUCGUCUCCGUUGCGUCACUCUUCAGCGUCGGAAUGGAUGUUGAGGAUGUUGUUCGUUUCGUACUCAUCGGUCAAGGAUCGUCUGGGUUACGGUGUUAAUAUUUUCAGGUAACUGAUUGCACAAUCAUACCUUGCUCUAACAAUAAACCAGGUUCACGCCUCACGCUAAUCAAAAGCUACCAACAUGUGCCAGAUGAUGCGCCUGGGAAGAGAUGAAUUUAAGGCUCGCGUGUUUGUCACGAAGAGGGAACCAAAUCCACAUUUUGCUCUUUUUAUUGCUAUUUUUACGUUUUUAAUUCAGUGUUCGUUUAAUUACUGGUUUACCACAGUAAUCAGGGUGCAUCGGAUUUUAUUUACUUUUUGUUUUGCGAUGUAAAAAUCAACGAAAAUCAUAUGACGAAAGUGUUUCGAUGCAUGAAUGGCUGUUCUUCGGUAGCUGUACGUAUAUGAUUAAGAUAUUGAAAACAAGAAUUUAUGUAUAAUUCUUUUGUGAGUUUACUUGUUCUGACAAGCAUUAAAGAUUUUAACAAGCGGGAGCAUAAA